AUGGAGAAAAAGCUUAGGGAGCUGACCGAGCAAGUUGAAGGGCUUAAGAAACAAGCAACUCCGGAUGCCUACUCACUGGUCGGGCAUCACCCCUAUCUGCCUGAGAUCAUGACAGCACCGCUUCCAAUAGGGUUCAAACCACCUCCCUUUGACCGGUAUGAUGGGACUACCGACCUGACCGACCACGUCAACUACUUCAACGCAAUGAUGACCAUGUAUGGCGGGACUGAGAUUGUUUCUUAUCGAGCUUUCCCCUCGUCCCUAAAGGGUGCGGUAACUUCUUGGUUCUCAUGGCUACCGCCGAACUCUAUUACAAGCUUUGCCCAACUUUGUCGUGCCUUCGUCACGCGUUUCCAAAGUAGCAUGAAGCAUAAGAAGACGAUGGUGAACCUCCUCAACGUGAAACAGAGGUCGGACGAGUCGAUCCGAUCGUAUGUCUCCUGGUUCAAUAAAGAAUCCCUAGAUGUUAGAGACCUGGAUGAGGCCACAGCUCACACCGCGAUGAGCAAUGGACUUACACAUGAAGACCUGAUCAAGGACUUGGCUUGA